CGCCCACGCGACCAACGCAUCCUCCACCUCGUCCUAGCAAGCAUGGGCGUACACGCCUACGAAGAGCGCGUCCCCCUCAUGCUCCAAGACUUUGCCUACCGCUACCAAGUCGGCAUCCUCGCCGACGCGCUCGCCCUCUCACCCGACAACCACCUGACCGCCGCCCACGAGCCAGGCAGCAAAAAGGCCGCCCAGCAACCUGCCGAGCCGGUCGUCAAGGCCGCUGCCAUCAGGCAGGCGAUUGGGAGUCGGGUGGCGCAUCAGUUUUGCGCUGGGUUGCCGAAGGAGUUUUUGCUGGAGUUGGGCAUGGAGAGGAAUAGGACUGUUUUGCCGAGGGUGGAGAGGGAGUUUGGGGUUAGGUUGCCGGCGGAGAAGUUUUGUUUGACUGGGACGGGGUGGGGGUUG